UGAACAGUGAACACCACCGAUCAACGUUCAAACUCCUCGGUUGAGCUUCGGGCAGCUGCUGUGUUCUCGGUUUGCGUGGCAAGCGUCGACUGAAAUUCAACGUUUGAGCCCAGAGCCAACUCCCGCCUCUGGAUCGUGGCCGCCCAAGGACCGCAAGAUCGCGCGUCACUUCUGCCGUUCCGCCGCACCGGCACGUGACCGAUAUUAUAUUGCAACUCGAUCAUCGUUUCGAACAACGUAUCGCCGAUAACUGUUAUGCCGAAUGUUAUCGCGAUGGAAUAAUAGAUAUUUCAGCAGAACGGAGAUAGGAAUUAGGUUUUCAGCGAACGGGCAAUUUUACCGGAAAGAGAAGUAGGCCGUGAACGUUACGAAGAUGUUUCGGUUGCGUUUGAAUUCAUUGGCAGAUAAUUAACCGCGCUUGGCUCGGACUGGAUAAAUUUUAUCCGUACAAAUUUAAAUGAAAUUUUCGUCUUCUUCUCCAGCCACCCUAUGAACCAUGUCCGCUGAUAUGGGAAUUCAGGAUAAAAAGCACAAUCCCGCACUCCUUAGGGAGUUAAGCAAAAUUGAAUCGGUCAAACGUUCCAGUAUGCGGAUGCUGGAGACGGGACGUCGUCGUUUCGGAUCUAAAUUCAAGAGGUUUCAAGUGCCGAGGUUGUCUUCGGGCUCCGACGCGAUCGACGUUCGUAUGUACGACACGCACAAUCCGGGGUUUUGUUAUCACUGCACCGGGGCUAUCAGAGCAUGCAACAAGUCCCCGAGGAAGAAUUUUGUCGAUGUAUUCGAUGCGGUUUAUUCAAUGCUUUUCACCAACGGUGAAGUGGAUACGGACAAAGUUGUAUGCCUCCACAUCCUGACGGCACAUUAUGCCAAGUCCGGGUCUAUCGAAUCCGAUGGAAUGAGACCGAUUACUCCUCUCGUUGAAAAAGAUAAGACGGAAAAUUUUUCCGGUGCUUGGAACAACGUGCUGCCAUGUUAUGUCGUGGAAAUUCAAAACAACGUUGACGCAGAGCCUACCAAUUUUUCUGACGAGUUGAAGCGGCACAAGGAUCCUCUGGUGAUAGAGGCGGAGGAUGAGGUCGUCAGGGACUUUGAACGGAAAUAUGAAAAAUACCUCAAGGAAAAUUCUGAGGUCGGUCUAGCGCUUUCAGUAAAUGAGAAACGCACUAAAAUGGUACCUGACCGUAUCGGGAAAACGAUCGUAAUUCCACCCCACGUCUACUCUUUGCUCGGCGCCGCUCAAGAGCUCAGGAUUAAACAAGCGGUCGCCGAAGAAUCCAGCAGAAAAAGAUUUAGGCGCAGUAAUUCGAGUGUCGGAAACGUCGAUAAUCUGAGCACUUCUUUUCGCCUGGAGGACGAAGAAGAUACAAUUUCUCGACGGCUGAUGACCAAUACUUCGAUCAGGGGUUGGAACCGAAUAACGAAAGACCUUUCGAAAACUUUGGCCUUCCGGAGUUUUUCUAGUUAUAACAGACGAUCGGGAUCAAAUUCUUUGCAGAGUACGGAGCCCUGUAGUGUCACGACCUUGAAACCAGUGAGUCUCGGGUCUACCGAGUUGCCGGGUUUGGUGGAAAACAACAUUGAAAUCGACAAGCAAAUCGUGACGAUUAAACCAAGUAACCAAGCGAUCACGCCCACGGUCUCUAAAACCUCUGGCACCAGAUCUCCGUUCCGUAAUUUCUCGAGGUCUCCGUGCUCAACCUCCAUUGUAUCCGGAAUAUCCGGCGCCUUGGAGGAGCCUAGAAAAAUUCGUAGGCCAAUUUUCAUCAAUUCCCCGGUAACAAGCCUCGAUCUUCAAAACAAGGAGUACAAGACCGUACCGAUUUUAGUUAAUAACCAAAUCCAGGCGCUCAUUCAUUCGGUGAUGGACGUUCUUGAUCGAGUGAAUCCCAGUAAAAUGCAGAAAAUCGUAUCAAUGGCUAGCAGCCCGAGCGAAAUCAGAAAAAUGUUGACACGCCCGGACAUCCAAACAUUCCUCGAUUCUCUAGCUGGUCAGCCGCUGGUUUCGUCUCCGAACAGUUUUGUCGUUUCCGUGGCUUCGAUACUAGAGGAAAUAGACCCGAGCUUAGAGAACAGCAUAGAAAAUGAGCUCGUCGCUACGACAUUGACGGUUCCUCUUGCUGCUGGGUUACAUCGUUUGGUUAAUGAGAUUCGAAGCAACAUCUUCACUAGACGGAAUAAAAUAGCAAAAUCGAAACCGGAAGCAGAUGUGGAGAGUUUCGAAAGCCAGAAAGGGAAGCUCUUGGAGCCAAAAUUUCUUAGCAGAGAGCUUAAGAAACAGGAGGAUGUUUUUGAUAUUCACAUUUCGUGCCCACAUACAAAUGUGCAAGGAAACAAGACGAAGUGUGCAUGCUGUUACGCUGAAUGGAAGAAUUCUCUUCCGGACGUAAAACGGACGAAUGUUCCAGAUUUUUCGUUCCAAAUGAGUCAUGAGGGUUCCGAAAUUUCGCCAGACAGUACGAAGAAAUGUAAAAGCCAAGAAGCAGUCGUAAUUCAGGCAAUGGAAGUACAUGCCUCUGACCUGCCGGCCGGACAGCCGGAAACAGCGAUGUUAGGAUCCGAUCCGGGAACCGAUCUUCGUGUGACCGAUACCGAACACUCUCAAUCUCCGAUAAACGAACCGAAAAAUGGAACGUCACCGACGGCCCGCAGGUCUACAAAGUUCAAACAAUCGGAAAAAAUCUUGGCAACACAAGAAUUAGUCCACCAAACCGAGAUGAAAAACUUUUCGGAGAUGGAAGACAAUAUUGAACCGUCUGUGCUAAAAAUGUAUUCGAAACAAACCGAAGAACGUGGCCAUAAAGGGUCGACUAGUAUUUCAAACUCAACUGCUGAAAGCCUGACUGGCGAGAGUCCAUGGAAUCGCGGAGGGUCCAAGAUUAGUUUCGAUCAGAAAGAGGCGCUAUCGCCAAAGUACAGAUUUAAACCUUGGAAAGCCUGGCACGCUCCCAGUUACCUGGAUCCCGAUCGCGUGAUACUGAGAAGAAUGACAAAUCAACAGAGAAUCUUGGUGGGGCAAAUGUGCGCUUCGCUUAAAACGAGGAAGAUCAACAUGGAAGGACUUGUGAAGGAAAAGACGCCGUUAGCCGCGAUAAUAAUGCCCGCAUUAUCUCACGAGACUCUAAGAAUUUUAACGCAUGGAACACGUCAGGUCUGCAGGAUCGGAAAGAGGGAAUUGGAGAAGGAAAUCGAUGACUGCGUGUCUACAGUGUCUGAGAAUUUAACUGGCCCAGUUCUUGCCAAGGUACGUCAAGCGGUAGCUGAACUUGAGACUGAACGGAAGCUAAUUUCUUUUUUGAAGGAUAUAAUUUAAGAGAGCGACUCCUCGUAGCUGGAACAGAGUUGUCAAUGAUGAACAUCCGGACAAUUAAUAGAUAUAUACUUGAUAUUACAAUAAAGGAGAGACAAGAGUAAUUUGUUGCAAUAACAAUAAACUACUGAAAUGCAAACGGAGUUAAGGAUUUGACUGCAGUCGUAUUAUAGGUACCACG